UGUACAUAUACCCAACUCUCGACCUGUGCUGUGCAGACAGCAGAGCUCGAUCCAGAGAGAGAGAGAAAAGAGCGAGAGUGAUAACUGAGAGAGGUCUCGCGCGCUCGGCGAUGGCAAAGUCGUUCCUCGCGAUGAAGACGGGCCCGGCGGCCGGCGCGUCGGAGGCGUCGCAGGCGCUGCUGGAGUCGGACCUGCGGGAGCUGACCAUGGCGGCGCGGAAGCUCGCCAACCACGCCAUCGUCCUCGGCGGCGGCAUCGGCUUCAUCGGCACCUUCCUCCAGUGGCUCGCCUUCGCCGCCGCUGUAUAUCUCUUGGUGCUGGACAAGACCAACUGGAAGACCAACAUGCUGACGGGCCUCUUGGUCCCUUACAUUUUCUUCACCAUGCCCGGUCUGCUCUUCGGCUUCAUAAGGGGGGAGAUUGGCAGCUGGGUUGCGUUCGUUUUCGUCGUCCUGCGGCUAUUCUUUCCGCGCCACUUCCCUGAUUGGCUGGAGCUGCCUGGGUCUCUGAUCCUCCUCACGGUGGUCGCCCCCGCCAUCUUCGCGGACACCUUCCGGGGCUCCUGGCUCAUCAUCGGCGUCGGCGUGUGCCUGGUCAUCGGGUGCUACCUGCUCCACGAGCACAUCAAGGCGUCGGGGGGCCUCAAGGAGGCCUUCCAGAAGCCCAAUGGCUGGUCCAACACCAUCGGCAUCCUCCUCCUCUUCAUCUACCCGGUCUGGGCCGUCGUGAUGUGGUUCCUGUAGACCGUUCGCCGCUGUUUUGCGGUUCAUCGUGUGAUGUUUGCUCCGGCGAUUUGGUGUCGAUGAACCAUGCGCUCUUGUACCUGUUGAAUUUUGAUGAACUGUCUCGGCCAUGUUUCGAUUUGGUGUCACUUAUUUGUUUCCUUCAUCUGUGGGUACAUAGCCAUCAAUAAAAACAUUUGCUCUGUUGA